AUGACACUCCGCAUCAUUGACCUGGACUGGGACCAUGCAGAUGGUAUAUAUCUCCGACAAGCUCAAGAAAAAGAGUUAGCAGAGCGAUAUGGACAAGACGACUCGGGGGACCCCGGCGUAGCCCCCACUUCUGUCAACAUCACCUUCUUCAUCGUAGCUUAUAUCGACGACCAACCCGUCGGUUGCGCUGCAUUACGAGCUUUGCCUCGUCCAGAUUAUCCAGGAGAUGCGGAGAUCAAGCGUAUGUUUGUCAUUCCCGAUAAGCGUGGAAGGAGGUUGGGUGUAGCAUCCGCAAUCCUCAAGGGGCUUGAGGAACGCGCUCGGAAUCGAGGCUGGACGAAAGUUGUACUUGAAACUGGGACGCCUCAACCUGAUGCUAUUCGUUUCUAUACGAGAGAAGGGUACACGCCAAUUUCAAAUUUUGGGGCGUAUGCCAGUGUCGAGACCUCUCGUUGCUUUGAGCGGGUGAUUUAA